UUUGAAGUAAGUCAAUAUAUAUUUAUUAAAUAUCUAUAAUGCAUAUGUGCUUGAUAAUUGGAAUAUAUUUAUUUUUUAAAGAUUCAUUUAUUUUAACGGUAAAGUGACAAAAAGAGAGGAAGAGAGAGAAAGAUAGAGACAGUUAUCUUCAUAUACUCCCCAAAUGCCUGCCACAGCCUGGGCUAGGUCAGGAGUCUGGAAGCCAGGAACUCCACCCAGGUUUCCCAAAUAGAUAGCAGGAACCCAAGCACUUAAGCUAUCUUCAGUUGCCUCCCAGGUACAUUAGCAGCAGCUGAUUCAGAAGCUUGGAAUAGCCAUGAUUCAAACCAGUAGUCUUAUAUGGUAUGCAUGCAUCCCAAGUAGUGGCUUAACCUGAUGCACCACAAUACCCUCCCCUAAAAAGCAAUUAUUAAUUAUCCCUAAAGAAUAUCCAAUAAAAUACCAGAAUCUAUUGGUGCAAAAAAGCACAUGAACACUCACAGCAGUAAAUGCUACAGGUGAGUGGAUCCCCAAUUUUCUAGCAGAACAAAAGAGGGAUAUCAAAUUCUGUCUGAGUGUGGGUAACAGAGGAUAUAGAAUUUAGGGACGGUUUCCUUGAAACAGGUAAUGAAUGUGAUCAGUCUUAUAGCACACAAAGUGUUAUUCUGAAAGACAAAUGUGGUGUUCACUAGUGAUGGGAGAGUAAAUGCUUAUGCAAGAGAGCAUGGAUCGUUUGGGAAACUACAUGCUUGAGGACUUCCAGAUGGCUCAUGGUGAAGAAUAUGAAACUACAUUAGGAAGAAUCAACCAGAGGAUAGAAAUAGAGACAAAUAGUACUAGGCUGAGGUAUAAAAGCCUAUCUAAAUGAGAUGGAAUAGGAAGCAGACUGAUCAGGUAGUGAAUUAGUCAAAUACUCAAAGUGAGAGUCAAUGAACUAUGCAAGAAUGGAUAUGGGUGAGCAGAGAUUAAGAAUAGAAAAAGAAAUCUAUCAUAAAUACAAGAUUUGAGUCAUUGCUGGUGAAGUAGUAUGGUUCAACCAAGAGUGGUGAUGAUGUGAACAAUGUUAAAGAUGUUAUAGUCUGAAAGUGUGUCUGGAAUACUCAGGCAGAGAUAAUAGCUAUCUGACUAGAAUACUUGAAAAAAUACGAGAGAACUGAAUUUGUACAAAUGGAAUAUAUGAUAGUGAAAAAACCCUGAGGCCAAAACCUACUCUAAAAUUUUACAGAAUAGUAGAACAAUGCUGGAAAGGAUUGCAACUAUAGACAGAAUUAUCAACCACAAAACUAUCAAGAGAACUACACGGAAGGGUUUUCGAAUGAAAAGAGUUUCAAGAACAAAUGUCCACAAAAUGUUAGAUGAUAAAAGUAGGUGAAAUAAAGUCUUAAGACUACCAUGUUUUAUAUUGAGAGUGACUAGAGACAUUUUAUUUUUUUAUUUAUCUUUAUUUAUUAGAAAGAGUUACAGAAAGAGCUAGAGCCAGAGGAGAGAGAGAAGUCUUACAUUCUGCUGGUUCACUCCCCAAAUGACCACAAUGGCCAGAACUGAGCUGAUCCAAAGCCAGGAGCCACGGGCUUCCUUUGGGUCUCCCUAUGUGGGUGCAGGGACCCAAGGAGUUGGGCCAUCUUCCACUGCUUUCCCAGGCCAUAGCAGAGAGCUGGAUUGAAAGAGGAGCAGCUGGGAUGUGAACCGGCGGCCACAUGGGAUGCCGGCACUGCAGGCUGGGGCUUUAACCUGCUGCACCACAGUGCUGGCCCCAAGAAAUAUUUUAAAGAGCAAUUUCUAUGGAGCAAUAUUCAUAAAAAUUAUGUUGAAGAAUGAAUAAGUAGUGAGAAAGGGGGAACAAUUACAACAUUCAGACCUCUAUCUAAGGGGAAGGUUAGAAUUCAUUUCAAUCUUAUAAUAAUUUUAUCAUGUUUUCCAUAAUUCUGCUUUUUAUCAUUAACAACUCAGGUAUGGGAGGAAAUGGCUGCCAAACUGGAAUACUGCAAACUUGUUUUGCUGCUGUUUUUGUUAUACAAGCUAUGGGGCUAAGCUUGGAAAAUGAACCUACUUCCCAAUUCAAUGAUUGUACACAUUUAAGAGAGAAAUGCCUAAGUGAUGUGGAUGGAUGUGAACAAGCAUGGAGAAUAACGGAAGAUGCCUGCAAUGCUUCAGGUGACCCCUGCAAGAUGAGAAAUUCAUCACACUGUGUUCUGAGUAUCCACUCCUUAGUGGAAAGCAAUUUACAAUUUAUGCAGUGUCUCUGCACUGAUGACUUCUAUUGUACUGUGAAAAAAUUGUUUGGGAAAAAAUGCAUCAAUAAAUCAGAAUCAGCCCUGUACUCUGACUUGCUUUCACAAUCAAAUGUCACACAAUGGCUCCACCAGAAAGACCUAUCAUUAAUGGCUGAAAAGAAGAGUGACUGUGUCAUAGCAGCACAUGCCUGCUUGGAAUCUGAACACUGUACUGGAUUGUAUGAGAAUUUCAAGAAAACCUGUGGGAGAGAAACAGAACAUUGCAAAACACUUGAUGGAAGCCAGUUGUGUACAACAUUAAGAGAAAAUCUGAAAGGAACAAUUUUGGGAAAUUGUCAAUGCAGUGACCCUUCAAAAACAGAUUGCAUUAAAAUUUGGAAAAGUUUAUUUGAAGAUGUCUGUAUACAGGAUACUCAAAUGAAUCAAGCUGCAGCAUUCGGUGAAGACUAUGAAGAUGGAUUCAAUCAGGACAUUGUUUCAGAUAACAUGAAAGAGGAUAAUGAACUGAAGUGGAAUCUAACGACACUCUCCUAUCAUGGGUUCGAAGGGAUCCCAUCCUGUUUGGAAGUGACAGAGGCGUGUGUAGGAGAUGUGGUCUGUAAUGCACAUUUGGCCCUUUACCUUAAAGCUUGCUCAGCAAAUGGAAUUCUGUGUGAUGUGAAACACUGCCAAACAGCCAUAAGGUUCUUCUAUCAAAAUAUGCCUUUUAACAUUGCCCAGAUGUUGGCUUUUUGUGACUGUGCUCAAUCUGAUAUACCUUGUCAGCAGUCCAAAGAAGCUCUUCACAGCAAGCCAUGUGCAGUGAACAUAGUUCCACCCCCUUCUUGCCUCAAUGUAAUUCACAGCUGCCGAAAUGAUGAAUUAUGCAGGAGACACUACAGAACAUUUCAAACAAAAUGCUGGAAGCUUGUAACUGCCAAGUGCCACGAUGAUGAGACCUGUAUCAGCACCUUAAGCAAAAAGGAUUUCAUUUGUUCCGGAAGUGAUGACUGUCAGGCAGCUUACCUCGGAACCCUUGGGACAGUCCUUCAAGCGCAAUGCACCUGUAGGACCAUUACACAAGCUGAAGAAGCUUUGUGCAAGAUUUUCCAGCACAUGCUGCAUAGAAAAUCAUGUUUCAAUUUUCCAACCCUGUCUAAUGUCAAAGGCAUUGCAUUGUAUAAAAGAAAACACGCAAAGGAAAUCACUUUGACGGGAUUUCAAUCCCCCUUCAGUGGAGAAGUAAUCUACAUUGUCACGUGCAUGAUGGUCACCUGUGGGACCUUUCUCCUGGUUGUGCUCAAGCUCAGAACUUCUAGAAUGUCAAAUCAAACAAGAGAUCCUUCACAAAUCCAAAUACCUGGAGGAGUCGUCAUUCAUUAAGAGUCAUGGAUCAUUAACAACUACUUCCUUUAAAGCAUGUAUUCAUAGCCAGUCAACAGAAUAUCAUAUCCAUCAUUAAUAAAAAAAUGCUAAGAUGAA